CUUUCUCUUUGUGUGCGCGCCGUGACUUUCGAUUUUGUCUGCACCUACUUGUGAGUUUAUUUGCUAGAUCUGAAUACAUGAAGCCAUGAAAUUUGGUAGUAUUUUGUUCGAUGAAUCUGGAUCUGGAUCUAGAUCUUGAUCUUUUAACUUGAUGUUUGUUUUCCUUACUUCAAAGUUAGAAUAUUCUUUGUGUUCUGGCAGAUUAUUAUAUGUUUUCAUAUUGAUUAUUGGAAAAUCUUGUUUUCAUCGUUUCCUGCAUAUGUAGUUGUGAUGUCAAAACAAUCUGUAAAAUUUGGGUAAGUUAUGUAGCUUCUUCGAGUGGUUUAUAUGGCGAACAGUGGAACCAUGAAAUACACUCCUUUUUGGGAAGAGAAUAGAGUUUCAUGGACUUUUUCAAUUUUCAAGAGAACCUCGUUACAUGUAUUGAGCUAUAUAAAUAUGUUUGCAAUGAGAUCUGUAUGACCUAUGAAUUUGGAAGUUCCAGGGUUGUCUUGAAAGUCAUAGCGUAUGAGAUAUAGGUAGCUUUCUUUAUAAGGUGAGUGAAAGUGAAAGGCAAUUUGAAAAAUCUAUAAGGAGCUAAGAAUUGUGAAGUAAGUAACCAAUCUCUCCCACUGAUAUCCAUUCUUUUCUAAUAUUUCUUUUAUUGUAUGUCCCGCACCCUCGUUUGACAUCUUCUUUUUUCUGAAAAAAAUAUUCCAAAUGACAAAAGAAAUCAUUCGUAAUUACUUCUUUGCUAGCUAUGCUUGCCAAAUCCUGUACUUCUACGUCAACAUUGUAAAUGUCGCCUUUGACAUACCUUUUCUUGUUUUGACCUGAGAUAAAACCUUUAGAUUUCCGAAUUCUCCUCUAAACCUAUAACUUUGCAUUAGCAUCCUGUUCAGUUUCAUCAAUCAACACUGUGGUUGGCAAGGAGCAGACAUCAUGUUUGUAUCAUUUGGUACUUUUGUGAGUUCAUCCAUAACUAUAACAAAGAGACAGACUUAAGGUUGAGCCUUGGUGUGACCUUCAGAGAUACGGAAAGCAUGUCGCAUCAUCACAUGCAUGUCUUUUCUGGUAUCUAUACAUAUUUUUAAUCUCGUUAACAUACAUUCUAGGGUCUUUUUCUUCAAGAGCCCACUAUAUCACUUUUGAUAUCCUUUCAUAUGCUUUUAUCUAGAUUGAUAAAGACCACAUGUGGAUCCUUUUAAGUUUCUUAUUUCUUCUUAAGUUGUCUAAAUAAUAUAAUGUAGGAGAAGCACAUAGCAUGGACUUUCAUGAGCUUGAUUAUUGACCUUGGUUAACUUUCAUCUGUUGUCCUGCAGCUAACUCUCAUAAUGCUUUAUAACUUACAAAAGUGAUUUCUUAAUAACUUUUGAGUUUUGAAUCUCAUUAUUCUUCUAUGUUGGGACUACUUGCUCUUCCUCCAUUUACCUGUUGUACGGUUGGCUUAAUAAUCUAGUGAGCUGUGUGAAAGCUUCCUUUUCACUAGCUCUCCAGGUCUCCAUAAGGAUUGUCAAAACUUAGAGCUUUACCUGGAUUUGAUCUUUAUCUUCACCUUCAACAUGCUAAUCGUGCAACACCUCUUACUAGUGUCAUCAAAAGAGUGAUUCGGCCAUCUACUCUUUCUUUAUUGUUUUUAUUUGGUAAACCUAUCAAUAUAAUCCCUUAAUUGUUUCCCAACCUUAUCAUCUAUAGCUUGGAAUAUUUGGCCCUCAUCCUUGAUGAAUUUGAUUUGACUUUUAAGUUUUUCUAGUUUUCUUCAUUUGUUUUGUGUGUAUGUGUGUAUAUAUAUCCUUUUCUGUGUUACCCUGAUGAACUUUUUCAAAGUCUUUAUGAUGGAAAAUAACAUAAAAAAAAGGCAUGGUCUUAUUUGUUUCAACUUCAUAUUUCAUAUUGUUAUGAAUUGUUGUGCAUGAGCAGUCAGAUGAUUGAACAAGUAAAUCUUCCUGAGCAUGAUGUGCACAUAUUCUUGGGUACACUGAUGAUGUGCUUACUUGGUUGCUACAUAUGGAAUAUGCCGCGUUAUGAUGAUCGUCAUGGCAGUACCCGUCUCUAUGUUGGCCACUUGGCUUCACGUACAAGAUCACGUGAUUUGGAAGACAUUUUUAGCAGAUAUGGAAGAAUACGUGAUGUGGAUAUGAAGCGUGACUUUGCUUUCGUGGAAUUCAGUGACCCUAGAGAUGCUGAUGAUGCAAGAUAUAGCUUAAACGGUCGUGACGUCGAUGGAAGUCGCAUUGUUGUGGAAUUUGCAAAAGGGGCUCCACGAGGGGGCGGUGGCGGUGGCGGCGGUGGCGGCGCUUCUGGUGGAUCUCGUGAAUUUCUUGGUAGAGGUCCUCCUCCAGGAUCAGGCCGUUGCUUCAAUUGUGGGCUUGAUGGCCACUGGGCUCGAGACUGCAAAGCUGGUGACUGGAAGAACAAAUGCUAUCGCUGUGGAGAACGUGGCCAUAUAGAAAGGAAUUGUCAGAACAGUCCCAAGAAAGUGAAUGCUGAAAGCAGGCGUGGACGAAGUUAUUCGCGCACUCCAUCUCCACCUCGGCGUGGAAGAAGCCGGAGUCGGAGCUUGAGUCGAAGUCGCAGCUACAGCCGAUCAAGGUCGCCUGCAAAGCGAGAACGAAGCAGUGAACGUGCAGAAAGAAGGUCAAGAAGCCCUAGGAGACACCGGGCUUCUUCACCUCCACCAUCCAGAGGGAGGAAACGCAGCCCAUCACCUGAUGACAGAAGCCUGCAAGAAAAGGGUACACCGUCACCAAGAGACCAUGCGAGAAGGCCAAAGGCAACAAGUAGGAGCCCCAUGGAAGAUGAUGGUGGUCGAGGAGGCAAUAACAGCCCUGACAACAGGAGUCCUGUUGAAGAAAAUGGGCACAGUGGGAGCCCUGGUUCAGUGCCUAGAGACAAUGGAACCCCUGUUGAGGAUGAGGAUGUAAACAAUGGUUCACCAGAGGCCAGUGAAUCUGGUUAAAUGCGAGCAAAAUGGGGUAUGGACCUUCAACGAGUAUUAAUCAUGAAUUGAGGAAUUAUUCUUGAAUUUGGAGUCUGGAGUUAAAGAAAAUAACUGUGACAACUUGAUGUUGUAUUUUGUGUUGUUUCUUUUAGGUAUUGGUAUGUUAAAUGAUAGAUGCUAUUAUGUAUUAUUACAUAUUUUAGGCUACU